AUGGCGGUGCGGGUGUUGGUCAUCCUUGCCAGUGUCUGUCAUGCCCUGCAUGAUUUUGAUGGCGCCUGCAAUUCAGAGGAUGCCAGCCUCUCCGACGAAGCCGGCUUCGUGCAGGCCAAGCUGUCGCCGACAUCAAGCGAAGAGGAAGUCCGGCGCCCGCAUCGCCAGCGACGUGGGCCUCACACCGCCAACGGCUACUAUGGCGACGACACGGAGGCGAAUGCAACGGGCUGGCGCCGUCCUCAUCGCUGGAGCCGGUGGUACACUCCAACCUGGUGGGACGACCUGCCCAGGAAUAAGCCACAGCCGCAGAAUCCUCCGACAAGCAACGUCCAGCGCGGCAACUUCAUCCACUACGUGAGCAGCUGUACUCAGUGCGACCGCAUCCUGUGCCCCUCCGAAUUUCAUCCGUUCCGAGCUUACUACCGGAUCAGCAGCACUCUGUCGGAGUGGGGCUGUGACAAGCUCGGCGCCUCACCUCUCCUAACGCUCUCGGAAGAUGGGGUGGACGUGUUCGUGGUGCAGAGGGCCACGCUUCACUAUGUUUCAGCGUGUGGUCAGUGUGGCAGCGAAGUCGAUCUCUGCUCCAGCAACAUCUGGUGGCAAAACGAGCCUGACAUCGAGGACCAAGAGGAGUUUCGGGCCGGGUCAGACCUCACAACAUGGGGUUGCGAAAAUGUUGAAAGCUCGCCCACCAUCGUCCGCAACUCAGUUACCGGCGCGAUCUACGUCGUGGAGUGGGGUGUCGAGGACCCGUGGCAGCUUGUUUUUCGGCAGACAGCGCCAUUCUUCUUCGAGAAGAGUCCCCCGCAGUGGACUUUGAAUGAGAAUGACACGACUGCGGACAACUUUGCCAUCUUGAGCGAUCUUGAGGAUUUCCGGGUUGGCGGGGCCUUCUACUUCAAGCUCUGCUGGCCGAUCGAGAACUUUGCGUGCCAGGUUUGGAAGCAGACCUCCAACCCUGUGACCACCACUGAUGGAUCGGUCGAUGGCUACGCAGCCAUUAACGUGUCGUACACCGGUCAGUCUUGGGGUGGACUCCACUACAAUGGCAACCAGGCUUUGCUGGAUGGCUCCAGUGUCGCCCCGAACUCCAACUACUGGUGGUACUCGAUCGGGGCGUUCAAUGAAUACAACGGCGGAUUUCCAGGACCAGCCGGGAAUAUCGCAACUCAGGUGGAGCUGUGGGUAUCCACCGUGGAAUUGGAGACCACCCCGCCGCCUGCCCCGGUACCGCUGCUUCCGCAACCCGCUGCCAACUGGCAGCUCGUGUUUCGCCAAACGAACAACUUCUUCUUCGCUCCGGGCAUGUUUUCGCUGAACCCAAGCGACUCGACGGCACAAAACUAUGCCAUCCUGGACCAGCUUGACACCUACAAAGUUAGCGGGAAAUUCUACUUCAUGAUGAGGUGGAGAAAGGAGGACGACGAAUCUCAACUUCUUGAUCAGAUUUGGUGUCAGAGCUCCAACCCUGUGACCACCACUGAUGGGUCGGUCGAUGGUUAUGCAGCCAUUAACGUGUCGUACACCGGUCAGUCUUGGGGUGGACUCCACUACAACGGCAACCAGGCUUUGCUGGAUGGCUCCAGUGUCGCCCCGAACUCCAACUACUGGUGGUACUCGAUCGGGGCGUUCAAUGAGUAUAACGGCGGAUUUCCAGGACCCGCAGGACCCGGCGGUAUUAUCGCCAGUCAGGUGGAGCUGUGGGUGUCCAACACUGCUAUCCCGGUUCCAUUUUGA